AUGGUGGAUGCCAAGUCACAAUCGCAACCACCACCGUCUUUCUCUUCUGUGCAAGAGGGGCGGCUGAACACGAAGGAUUUGGAGGAGGCUCUUGACACUGUCUUUUCCCUGGGAAAGCCCCGCAGCGAGAAUGGGUCGUUUGCCCUGUUUGAGUACAUUGUUGGCGCGGGAAAAGCCAUAUUGAGCCCUUUGCAGUCACGACUGGAGUUCCAGAAUUUUAUGGAGAGUGACUUCGGAAAGCGUGCUUCUGCGCAGUUCGUGAGCUUUUUGGAUGCGGACGGCGAUGGACGUGUCACUCCGCGUGAUUUCCAAGUGAUGUAUGACCGUGACCUGAAGAAACUCCUUCAACGCCAUCGGCGCACGUUGGACGCUGCGCUUCCCUUUAUUGGUCAGUGCGCCUUUGGCUUCACGAUGGGGUUCGUCGUUGGCAGAGUGGCGCAACGCAUGUACAAAAGCAAGAUGCUUAUCCUGACCUCCUCGUUUGUGCUCUACAGCGGGAUUCAGUUGCUGGCGCAGAUGAACUUUGUGAAUCAGAAUGUGCUUGAGGCCGCUUUCCGAGAAAAGGUCCGGCAACUCGCGGACGCCAACGGUGACGGGGAGAUAAACCGAGAAGACUUGGAUUUCCUGGUUGAGAACCGAAUGCGGUACGUCGCCACAAAGUUGGGGCCCGGCGGCGUAGCCCCGGGAGUGGUGGGGUACGCGACGCUCGGCCUCGGCCUGUUGCGGGGAAUGCGGCGAUGCUAA